UCUACACAGGCCAGCACAUCGACUGUUUACAUUCAGCUGCCUCUCUCAAGGGAUGUUGCAUGCCAGACGGACCAUUUGAAAACGCGUACUGAAGGCACACAGCUAUCCUUGAGGACUUUGCACACCCACAUUAAAAGUGAAGGUGUCCAGGCAACUGUGUUCUGCAAGGAUUUCGGUGUUGGCACAUCGAAUGCAGACCCUUUGUGCCUGUCAUCGACACCAAUAAGAAGACCAUCCAAAAGACCUCGGGUAGACCUUGAGGAAGAGCUGGAGGACAAUCCAUUGGAGGUCAGCUCUUUAUUGGAAGCUUCUAAUGGACCGGAUUCCACUUAUGAUCCUUCUGACUCCAUCACAGCAUUGUUAGACUCUACACUAAAGUCAGAAGAUUCAUCCACUGCAACACCCAACGGCAAGAAAUACAUGGUGUACGAGAGCUGCAUCAUGGAAUUGUUUAAUGCAUGUCCAGUAUGCACGAGGGCAUGUGAAGUUACAACCCAAAGGCUGGGGACAUUCCUGUCUGUGAAGCAGCAGUGCCCCCAUUGCACAUUCGGAAGACGCUGGAAUAGCCAGCCUAUCCUUGGGAGCACGCCAGCUGGAAAUCUGCACCUUUCUGCCGCUGUGUACCUGAGUGGUGCAUCUUUCCUAAAAAUCGAAAAGGUCUUCAAGGCAAUGAAGCUACAGUUGUUUCGGUAUGAAACAUUUAGCCGCCAUGCCAAAAGUUUCAUUGAACCAGCAGUUAUUCACCAGUGGAAAGUCCUAAAUGAUUUGAAUCUGCAGCGGCUAAGUCAAGAGGAAAUGGUGAUACUUGGUGGUGACAUGAGAGCUGACUCUCCAGGUCACUCUGCAAAGUAUGGGAGUUACACAAUGAUGGAUCUCCAUACUAACACCAUUGUGGACAUUCAGUUGGUCCAGAGCAACGAAGUUGGUGGUAGCACCCAUAUGGAGAAGGAGGGACUGAAGAGGAGUCUAGCCUUACUGGAGUCGCGUGGCGUCCACCUUGACUGCAUUGUCACUGAUCGUCAUCCUCAAGUACAGAAGUUCCUCAGGGAGAGAAACAUAACCCAUUACCAUGAUGUCUGGCACUUUGCAAAAGGUAUUUCAAAGAAGCUGUUGGCAAUCAGUAAGCAGAAAGACGGUGAGAAACUCAAGAAGUGGAUGAAGAGCAUCAACAACCACAUAUACUGGACUGCAGCAGGCUCAACCUCCGGGCCAGAGAGAAUCGCAAAGUGGACCUCGAUCCUGAACCAUGUUCGAGAAGUCCAUGUACAUGAAGAUCCUCUUUACCCCAAGUGCGAGCAUGCGAUCCGCCAGACAAGUGACCGGAGUAAAUGGCUUCAAGCAGCAACUCCAACUUUCUCCAAGUUGGAGAAGUUGCUGACCAAUAAAAGGGCGCUGAAGGAUGUUGCAAAACUGAGCCCCCACCACCAAACUUCAUCUUUGGAGGCUUUCCAUGCGGUUAUUCUUCGUUUUGCCCCCAAAAAUGUUGUCUUUCCCUUUAUUGGAAUGCUGUGCAGCUUAAAGAAAGUUUGUUUACUAAAUACUUUUUGGAAUUGUAGCCUAAAAUAUCUGUCAAUAUUAACAUGUUUUGUCUUGUACUUCCAGACUCUACCUGGCUGCUAUGCAUUCAAAUCACAAUGUGGACCGACCACAGGCCGAAACAAAGGAAGGAGUACCGAUUUAUAAAAUGUCCUUUGCAAAGGCUAGGAAGGGAGAGUGCAGAGCUAAACCACAAAAAACACAGCAGACCUUUGGUUACGUUCAUGAAAUCAUGGAUGUAAUUUUUGAGGAAGUCUUUCCCAACCCUACGCCAUACACCGAGGCCCUGUUGGAGAUCCCUGUUCCAGAGCCCCUAACGGCGCAGUAUGAGAAGCCUGACAAGGAGGCGGUCAUCAGCAGCCUUGUGUCAAGGUUCAAACGGGGGGAUGUUUAAAACCAACAUAGUGGCCUUCCUCAGCAGGAAACUCGGAGCGGAUACGCAGGACCACACAAGCUGGAAUGACAACCCGGAUACGGCGUCCCAGGUGGCCCCAGCACCAGCUCACAAAGGAACGAUAGGAGAGAUACCUGUAGCGACUGAACAAUUGAUUCAGAGAAUAAGUCUUGCAGAUUUAUCAUUGCUUUGUUAUGAAAAUAAAUAUUACUAUGCUCCUA